AACAGAGUUAUUAUAAACAGAAGUCAGGAACUGAGCUUCGAAGACAAAGAUCUUGCUGCAGCUGGCUUCUUUUUGCCACACAGCCGUCCCGCACAGCCCUCCUCGAUCUCAAACAGAAAAGAAGAAGAAACAAAAAGUGUUGCUCCAAAUGAUUUUGAGGAAACUGAAUUCAUUUUCCAUCAAAGUGAUGAUAGUGACAACGAUUUCCCCUUACACUCUAAGAAAGAGGAGCAUUAUGUUGAAAAAGAACUUCAACAAGGGGACACGUUACAAUCACUGUCCCUGGAUUUUAAUUGCUCAAUUGCUGAGCUGAAAAGAAUCAAUAAAAUUCAUAAGGAAAAUGAAAUAUAUGCAUUGAGAAUAGUGAAGAUUCCAAUUAAACCUGGUUCUUUCAUAAUAGAGAAACUCCAGGCAGAAAAUAUCAAACAUAAUGUAAAAGAUGACUCACUGACACUGACAGCAGAGAUCCAUAGCACACAUGCUGAAGCUGAUCUCUCUCGCAGGUUAACGGCCAACAGCAUUCCUCCAUCUUUACCGCCAGAUGAAGAAAAGUUAAAAAUAUUUGACAGCAAGCAGCUGGUUAGCAAUGCUCUGAGCCAUUUAAAUAACCAGUCUACAAACUGUAUACUGAAAGGUGAUAUACAACUAAGUGACGACAGAAGGGACAUAAAUGAAUUAACUGAAAUACCAGUAUCAGCGCAAGAUACAAGCUCAUUGUGGCGAUGCAAUGGAGAUGAUUGUGGAUUAUCAUGGAAACCACUACUACUUUUCAUUUUGUCACUUGGCUUGGCAGGGCCUCUCCUGUAUAUUAUUUACAUUGCAGAGAAAAGAAAUCCUACAUAAAAAUUCACAGUAUUUUUGAUCAACCAGUGGCAUCAUUAUUUAAUUGCUGUUAAAUCUGUGUGAGAGGGUGCUGUAAAACAAGUGGAAGCCAGUUAUAUAAAAUUACUAAGACAGAAUUUUGUGUUUCUUAAUGUCUCACUUCCAACUUAUUUCAUCACCACAAUCUAAACAUCGAAAGCAAAUUAUCUACUGUAAUCAUGAAAUAUUACUUUUAUGUUAAAGCUUAAGUUAUAAGUACUGCAAUAAACUGUUAAACCCCA